AGAAAUGAAUGUACCAUUUUGUAAAGAUUUAACUUUCACAAAAUUGAAAAUGUUUCAUCUAAAGCAGCAUGAUCAUUCUGUAAAAACCCUAUAAAGAAGAUUCUUGAAAUGGUUGGUAGUGAGUGGAGGCAAUUUCCAAGUCCUCCAACUCUGAAUUAUAUAAUUUCCUAGGUUAUGCACGUCUAUGUUUAUCAUGUAGUGACUUUGUACUGAAAAAGGAGACAAACUAUGAGAGAGAGCAAUCAGACACAGGUGACAGAAUUCUUCCUUCUGGGACUCUCUGACAACCCACAUACCCAGCAGCUACUAUUCAUCUUAUUCCUGGGAAUUUACCUUGUCACUGUGGUUGGAAAUCUGCUUCUUGUGUCCCUUGUACUGGUUGACUCCCUGCUUCAUACACCUAUGUAUUUCUUUCUCUGCAAUUUAUCUCUGGCUGACUUCUGCUUCUCUACAAGCACUGUUCCUCAGGCCCUUGUCCACCUGCUAUUUAAAAAGAAAGUCAUUUCAUUCACACGUUGUGCAGCUCAGCUUCUACUUUUCCUCAUUUUUGGGGCUACACAGUGUGCCCUUUUGGCAGUGAUGUCUUAUGAUCGGUAUGCAGCCAUCUGUAACCCGUUGCGUUACUCCAGCAUCAUGACUUGGAGGGUGUGUGUCCAGCUGGCUGUGGGAUCAUGGACCAGUGGCAUUCUUGUGUCUGUGGUAGACACCACCUUCACACUAAGGCUACCCUACAGAGGCAGCAAUAGUAUUGAACAUUUCUUUUGUGAGGCACCUGCGCUGUUGAGCCUGGCAUCCACAGAUGCCUGGACUGCAGAGAUGGCCAUUUUCAUCAUGGGGGUUUUGAUUCUCCUCAUACCUGUUUCCCUAAUCCUGGUAUCCUAUGGCCACAUCAUAGUGACUGUGGUCAGGAUGAAGUCAGCUGCAGGACGACUCAAGGCAUUUUCUACCUGUGGCUCCCACUUCCUGGUGGUCACUAUUUUUUUUGGGUCAACAAUUGUCAUCUACAUGACACCAAAGUCCUCAAAAGAACAGAAAAAACUGCUGUCUGUCUUCUACACAAUGGUGACUCCCAUGCUUAAUCCCCUCAUCUACAGCCUGAGGAACAAGGACGUGAAGGAAGUUCUGAGGAAAGUGGCUGCAAGGAUUUUUUUAUGAAGGCUCUGAAAUUGCCACUGAAAGCGAGACCCGCCUGGUUCCCUACUUUAAAGACUUGCUCAGUAGUUUCCUCAGCAAGACUAGAAUGGGGUAUGAGUCUCAUCCUUGAGCCUUUCCAUGGACCCUACCCUCCAAGCUUUACUCAGCACUUCCUCAGUAAAAGAAGAAGGAAAAUGGUUCAUGGAGCAAUAGGAAGGAGGGCUUCCUUCUGGCUGGUCUUUGGGCAUCUAAGAGUUAGGAAAUGCCCUGAGAAGCAUUCACAUUGUAUGAGCCCUGGAACCUGUGACAUCUACCUUAUUAAAUCAUGCUAUGUAUUAAUAUCUAUGUAAUGCAGAACCUACUCCAAUUCCUUUGCUUUAUAUUUUAAUAUUUCUUUGCAUCAUCGUAUAAUAAAUUAACAAUACUGCGUAAUUAUUCACUAUGAGCUAGGUGCCACAUGUACAUGUGCAUGCACAUGUACCUUCAUACAAGGGUGGGCAAAAGUAGGUUAACUGUUGUGAGUACAAGAAACACAGAGUUUAAUCUUGAAUUAUUAUUUAAUUAUUUAUUUGUUAUUCUAUUAUUUUCUUGUAUUGUUUGUAACCUAUUUUGCCUAUCCUUGUAUAUUUUUGAGGUUGGUAGUGAAGAGCAGGGCUAUAAUGAAGUAGAAUUUAUGGGUUUUACUGUACUUGUUACAGUCUUAUUAGAGACAUGAGUACUAUAUCUAUUAGGACCACCUUUAUAAAUGUAAGAACAGGGUUUUGGAAAACAGGAAGAAAUAGUGAUAACCCAGAGCAGCAAGAGUAAGAAGCUAUUAGCAAUCCUGGGCCCAAAAUACCAAGAAGAAGCAACCAGAACUUGGAGAGGGUAGCUCUGUAUAGAAGGCCACCAGGCAGGAGCUGUGGACUUGGUAUAUGGAGGUGAGGAAGCCCUAGGAGUAAAUGUUUCCAAGACAUUCUCAACAUGCCUUCUGAUUACCUGUUACUGUAUUAAAAACAAAAUGCAGGCUAAACUCCUGAUGUGAAGAUCCUUAAUUUAGUCACAUCAAAAAAUCCUUUUUACCAUGUAAGGUGACAUAUGUACAGAGAGGACUAGGAC